AUGCGAUGUCUGCGCCCCACACCCCGCCCCCGCCCCCCCAGCUCCCACAGCCUUCGGUGCAUAAAUUUCCAGGUGAGCAAACAGGCUGCGCGGGGGGAGGCGGGAGGCAGCCCCCAUGGGACGCCCCCAGCCCCUGGGAAAGGCGUUUGGGAAACCCGGUGGUGCUGUGGCGUGCUCACGCCCGUGCUGAUGUGUGCACACUACAUGUAUGACCUACCUCAAGUCUCCGUCACUAAAACGAGCAUGCUUUCGGCGUACGUUAGAAAAGGAACUAUGCACAGCUCUCUAUUCCCGACCUCCCCCCCUCCUGCUGCUGAAGGUUUCUGA